CAUAUAUUCUAAAUUUGAAUUAAAUUUAGGGUAUAAAUUUAAGUGGUGGACAGAAGCAGAGAGUAAGUCUAGCUAGAGCUGUUUAUAAUGAUGCUGACAUAUAUUUACUUGAUGAUCCACUAAGUGCUGUUGAUUCUCAUGUUGGUAAACAUAUUUUCCAAGAAGUUUUUGGUCCAAAUGGAGUUUUGAAGGAAAAGACAAGAAUAUUAGUAACUCAUAGAAUUUCAGUUUUGCCGGAAGUUGAUACUAUCAUUGUAAUGAAUGAUGGAGUUAUAUCUGAAUAUGGCACUUACAAGGAACUUCUUAACAGACGAGGUGCUUUUUCCCAGUUUCUUCUUCAGUUUCUAUCUGAGUCUGUAGAAGAAGUAGAUUCAUUACCAGAUGAUGAAAUUCAACUUUUUGAAGCAUUAGCACCAACAAUAGGGGCACCACCAGAAUUGCAAAGACAAUUGUCUAGAGUGAGUGGUGCAGAAAGUGAAUUAUCAGAAUCUGGUGACAUAAGAAGGAGGCUUUCCAAACAGUUUAGUGUGUCUGAUAUAAAACAUGACUUUUCGAAAUCUGAAAAAGACAAAAUAAAUAUUAGAAAAGAAAAAAAAUCAAAAUUAACUGAUGCUGAAACUAUUGAAGUUGGAUCUGUGAAAUGGAGUGUAUAUUUUCAGUAUUUUAGAACACUUGGAUAUUGUGGUAUUUUUAUAACAGUAAUAUCAUAUGCUAUUUCAAGUUCUUUUAAUAUUGCUACAAAUGUAUGGUUAAGUUUGUGGAGCAAUGAUGCUUCAGAUCCUGAAAAAAGAUAUGAUACAAAUCUCAGAGAUUUACGACUUGGUGUGUAUGGGGGUCUUGGAGCAUCAGAAACUGUAUUUAUAUUUAUUGGUGCAUUAUCUAUGAAUCUUGCAUGUCUGCGUGCAUCUAAAAUUCUACACGAUGAAAUGCUGGUUCGUAUAUUGCAUGCGCCCAUGUCCUUCUUCGACACCACUCCCAUGGGUCGGGUUUUAAACAGAUUUUCUAAAGAUGUAGAUACAACUGAUAUAACUAUCCGAUUUAAUAUUCGCAUGAUGCUUGUUCAGGCAUUUCGAUCCUUAGUUUCUUUUAUCAUUAUUUGCAUGGAAACUGCUUUAUUUCUGGUGGUAGUAAUACCUAUCGGCAUAAUAUAUUAUUUGCUUCAGAAAUUUUACAUUCCCACAUCGCGACAGAUGAAGAGACUCGAAUCUGUAACACGUUCUCCGAUUUAUGCGCAUUUUUCUGAAACAAUAACAGGAACUUCAUCCAUUCGAGCUUAUAGAGCUGCACAAAAAUUUAUCGAUGAGUCAAAUAAUCGCGUAGACACCAAUCAUUCCUGUUAUUAUCCGAGUUUAGCAGCAAAUCGAUGGUUGGCAAUAAGAUUAGAAUUUUUAGGAUACUCCAUAGUAUUUUUUUCUGCAUUAUUUGCUGUUCUUACUAAGAAUGAUUUGAAUCCCGGAAUUGUUGGAUUAUCUGUCAGCUACGCUUUAACGAUAACGGCUAAUUUAAAUAUGUUGGUUCGAGCGAGUGCCGAUGUAGAAACAAAUAUAGUUUCGGUGGAACGUUGCCUGGAAUACAGCGGAAUUAAUACAGAGGCUCCUCGUUAUAAUAAAUCAACCAAACCAGAUGAUUCCUGGCCGAAAAAUGGAAAUAUCAAAUUUGAAAAUUAUUCUACGAGAUACAGAGAAGGAUUAGAUUUAAUUCUGAAUGAUAUAACAUGCGACUUUUCUGCUGGUGACAAGAUUGGUAUUGUAGGAAGAACCGGCGCUGGAAAAUCAUCGCUAACGUUAUCUCUCUUUCGAAUUAUUGAAGCGGCAGCUGGGAAAAUCUAUGUCGAUGACGUCGAUAUUUCUAAAAUUGGGUUGCACGAUCUUCGGUCCAAACUUACAAUUAUUCCUCAGGAUCCAGUGUUAUUCACUGGAACACUAAGAACAAAUUUGGAUCCUUUCAAUAAAUAUUCUGACGACGACAUCUGGAAAGUUUUGGAACAUUCACACUUGAAACACUUCGUGUCCUCUUUGGAAGAGGGACUUCAACACGUCAUCACAGAAGGUGGAGAAAACAUUAGCGUGGGUCAAAGGCAGUUGGUGUGUUUGGCCAGGGCGCUAUUGAGAAAGUCCAAAAUUCUUAUUUUGGACGAAGCGACAGCGGCUAUCGACAUGGAGACAGACGAAUUAAUCCAGUCCACCAUUCGCACGGAAUUCGAGGAUUGCACCGUCGUCACCAUAGCUCACAGGCUCAACACCAUCAUGGACUAUGAUAGAAUUUUGGUGCUAUCAAAUGGAAGAAUUUUGGAAUGGGAUUCACCGAAAAAUCUUCUGGAUAAUGAAAACUCGGAAUUUUAUUCCAUGGCAAAAGAUGCGGGUUUAAUUUAACUGUGCAAUAAUGUUCAUGAUUUGAGUGGUUUUUUUUCUUUUAAGGAAAAAAUCAAAGUUUGUUUCGAAAUAAAUUUUGUCUUAUAUUUUUGUAA